AUCUCGGGGAGGCGGAGGCCCAGGAGGAGCGCCCCCCCCCGCGCCGCCCCACGCACGCCUCCUUCCCCCGCAGAGGCCAAGGACAGCCCGCGCGCAGCUAGGCCCCGCGUCUGGGUCAGUUGUCCACUCCCGCAAGGAUUUAAAGGCCCCUCUCGGCGGAAUGGAAGGGAAAGGAGCCCCGGCCGGGAAGGAGAGCUCGUAGCGGCCGCCAGAGGGGAGGGAGGAAGGACCGACCUCGUCUCUCGCGCCCUCGUAUUUUUAUUUUAAACCGCCCCCCACCGCCGCCGCCACAGCCACAGCCACCACUUCCCUCUUAAAUUCUCUCCUGCAACUUAAAAUCGGUACCUACCUGCUCGCCGACAAGGAAACGAAGCAGAUUUUCCACUGGCCUGUUGGAGCCGCCGACUUUAUAAAUAAGUUCCUCACGCUAGUCAAGCAAGAAGGAGCAGCCCCCCCCCCCGCCCAUUUUGCUGUCAGAUAUCAAUUGUGAAGGGGAAGGGGACGCUUGACAGGCAGAGGAAACGGGCUAGUAUCAAACAGCCGUCAGAGAGGAGGACCCGCAGCAGUAUAAAAGGAAAAACAAAUACUCCUGGGGAUAAACGAAAAAGAUGAUUGUUCCCUAAGAUUUCUAAUAGGGUGUGUAUUAGUUUGAAGAAAAUAAGGAACUCUUAAUUACCAAAGGAGGUGAAAGUUGUUCCCAUUUAUAGCUACUCACCAACAAAGAAAAAGGAGGAGAAAAGACGUGACAUCUUUCAAGCCUAGUCAACAGGAGAGAGGAGGAAUAUAUGUACCUGUAGCUUAAGGGUUUGGAAACCCAAAGCUGAUCUCUACCUCUGUGUUCACAACUCAGAAAAACCCACAGCAGCAUCACUUUUGAGCAUGAGGCCUAUGUGCAGAGUGUGAAGGACAUCUCUCAUUGAAAUAAGUCCAGAGGCAUCCACUGCAGAAAAUCUUAACGUGAGUGACAAUGUUGCAUCACAUAUCUUGCCUUGUCUAUUUUUCUGUUUUUUCUCCCCAGCAUUCUUCCUUGUUAUAUUUUAUUUCUCUCAAUAUUCUGACUUAGAAGCCUCUAUGCCUCCUUUCUCUGUAUGUUUUGCUGGCUUGCUUUCUGGAAUAUGUUGCUUGCCAUUUAAAAAAUAAUAAUUCACCUGUUUGAUUUUUCUAGUGGAGAGCCUUUCUCAAGGAAUUGUAAGCAACACACUGUUUUUCAGCACUUCGGGUCUGGGUAGGGAUCAGGGGUAUGCAUAUAUCUUACCAUUUAGGAGUCCAUGAGGAAAGAUUCACAGUGAUUGAAAGUUAAUGGGCGGAGUGUGUAUGAUUAUUUACUUCAGAGGUAACAUCACACCAUUAAUGCAACUGUGCUCGGAUGGUGUCAGCAUAAUCCUGUACAUGCUGAACUCUGUGUGAGACAUAAGCUUCAGAUGAUAAGACUAUGUUAAGUCUCUCAAGUGUGAAUCUUCUUGUUUUUGGUGUAUGUUAGGUUAAUUCUCUUUCCUUCAUUCUUUCAAAGGGGAAUAAUAGGGAUUCUAAUGCAUGUUAAUGAUUGGGACUACAGAACCCAGAGAUUUUAGCUAUUUCUCAUUGAUUCGUGUCAGGGUAUGAUCUGGAUUUGGACUGAGAAAUCCAUCUGCAGUAUGUGAAAUCAAGUGCAUUUGAAGGCCUUGCAUUCAUUCCACUAGUGCCGUCCUUGAUUUGAUCUUCCUACUUUACUGAGUAUUACAGACAAAUUUUGGUGCCCAUGUCCUGGGAUGGGAGAGUUAAAUCUCAGGUCGUGGAAUCCUUUUGGCAGCAGUGCGUAGUAGAGCAAGUUACACACUGCAGCUGCUCCUGGUAGGAAAUAGAAGCCUACAGGGUGACCACUUCAGAUAGUGCUUUUUAUAGAUUCCAUUGACAGUGAUCACUUUGAGGAAAAAAUAGGAAUACUGACUUAAGGUGUACCUCUGACAUCUCCAUCCACUUUGGGAUUAAAUCAGUUGAAAAGCAAUCUUAAAUUCAAAAGAUUCCUUGUUGUAAUUACUGUUAGAGUAUUCCCAGUAAAAAUAUUCAGAGGAGGAGUUAUGGGAUUCUUCUGAAUGUAAUCGAUGUAAAUUCAAAACUGCCCAAUCGUUUAAAAUUAAUUGCCCAUGCCUCAUUUUUUUUUAACCUGCAGUAUUUUAAUUGACUAAUAGAUUAAUCAAUGGAAAGCAUUUUGAUAAAUGAACAUAAUUCCUCUGCUUAAUAGGGAGUGGGUUUUAGGAACAGAUUGAUUGUUUUUGGUUCAAGUAAUUAUUUUAAAAAGUCCACAUGACAAAAAGGUAUUCCUUUCUAUGUGAAGGGGGGAUGCCUUUUUUAGAUGACACUUGCUGUGACAUAGGCAAUUGCAUCAUCUGAAAACAGAAGGUAUGUCAGAAGGGACCUCAGAAGACAUCUAGCCCUAAUCCCUGCUUCAGGAAAUAUAUGGCUACAGCAUCCUUGAUAGGGGGCUAUCCAACCUCUCUCUGUAAGAGAGGCAACCACUUUUCAAGGCAGGCUGUAACAUGCUUUUUUUCUUUAGAACUACUGCUUUUUCAUGUGUGCAGAUUUUAUGCAGAUGUCAUUAAUGAGCUAAAACACAUGAAGUUAAUGGACUCAGAUUUCUUUAGCUGAGUAACAGCCCUACAUUUAAACUUUCACAGAGCAUCCCAGUUGGACAGGUAGAUUUUUCUGGAGAGUUAAAACGCCCAAUAUAUGGCAUCUAAAUAGUUCACUGCAAAUAAAAUAAUAAUUUGUCUAUUAUAAAAUUUGGCUGUGAGGAAUGGAAAAUCAGGGGGGACAGUUACCUGAUCAAUGCCUCCAGCUUGUAUUUUGGUGGAGUGGUUCAAUUGUUGUGACCCGGGUAUGUAAGCAAAAGGUGGGAAAAGGAAUGUGAGGAAGAAGCUUGGACCAUCUCACAGUGUACUUCUUCAUAACUUUAAUUAAUGUCCCACAACUUGAAAAUCAGGAAUCCCCCCCCAAAUAUCAGUUUAUAGAUCUGAGAAAAUUAAUUAUAAGUUACCUAGAUUCAUCUUCUUGAUAUGUCAGAGUAAGCAAUCUACUUCCUCUGGCAUCUCUUACAUAGCACUGAGAAUUGUGAACUUGCAAGUUAACGAUGUUUAGCAAGGAUUUUGAGUUUUAAUUCCAUAAUCUAUGCAUGUUAAUUCAAAAGAAAAACAAGUCUGUUUAGGAUAAUGGCCCAAAAGUCUAAAAAGGCUUAUUGUAAAAUAAUGGUUAUAGGUGAAAUUGCCUAAGCAAUAAUGAAAGAUAAUUGGAGAUGAUGCUGGUUCUUUGCAUGUUUAUUUAAUUAGGGUUUUUAAAAAGUAAUGUGUCUAAGGCAGAGGGAUCAGAAUAAUGGUCUUUAGAAUUGAAAAACAAUUUGAAAAUCUGAAUAUUGUUACUUUGAAAUCUGUUUGUGAUUACCUCUGCCUCUUGUGAAAGUUCUUCCAGUUUAUAUAGGUGGAUGCUUGAAAUCCAUUUUUAAUUGAAUUUUGUCUAGUUUCAUUAAAUUUGUAAGUCCUUUAGGUCAGUGGUCCUCUUGCCUUCUGCCUAGAGGGUUUGAAAACAACAUCUUAAUAUCUCAAAUAUGUGAAUGAAUAAUACAGAAGAGUGCUUUUGGGCUGGGUCAGAGCCUACUCUGUCACCAUGAGUAGCCACAACCAGAACCUACAUACCGGUACCUGGAAUUUGGGGCUUCACAGUCAGAUGCCACUUCCUGACACAAGCAGGAUUGAACUCUCAUUCAUUGUACCUUUCUAUUCAGAAGUUAAGGUUUGUCGCAAGCUUGUGCAGAUAUGUGUGAUCUGCUAAUGUAACUGAGGCCUAAGCUUUCCAUUUUAAAAAUACGCUUUUAACUUUUUAUAUCACACUUUUUCAAAGGUUAUUCAAAGUUACUUAACAACAAAAUGUAACUUACUCUAGUUUUGAGUACAAAUUAUUCAUUUUGUACAUAAUAGUAAAACCAAUAUCAAGCAAACUUUAAAAUGAGUGUAAUAAAAUAAAAUAGUAAUUAAUAAAAGUUUCCUCUGUCGCAGUGUUAGAAACUCAGAUUUACAGUGGUACCUCCGGUUGCAGACAGGAUCCGUUCCGGAGCUCUGGUCGGAUCCCGAAGUUUCCGCAACCGGAGGGACUGCUUCUGUGCAUGUGUGCGUGGCGAAACCCAGAAAAAAUACUUCUGGUUUUGCCACAUUCGCAUCCUGAAGGAUACACAGCUGGAGGUGUGUGUAUCCAGAGGUACCACUGUAUAAGUUAAUUGCCAAAUAGCAUCUUAAACCCAGGUUAUGGUCACCACAACAAAAUGUAUAGGCACCAUUUUUUCCACUGAAAGUUGUUGUUGUUAGUAAUUAUUAAUAAUUUCAUUUCUAUACUGCUUUAUAUUUUAAAUAAAAAAUCUCAGAGUGGUUCACAACACAUUAAAACAUCAAAUAAAACAAUCCAGAAUAAAUCAAAUUCAAGUUUCAACGAAAAUAUUACAGACUUCUUGAAGUGACAUUCUGCUUUCCCCAUAUUUACCUACUUAAUUUAUAGAGAUGCCCCAUAGCAGAAGUACUCUAGGAAGCCAGUGUGGUGUAGUGGUUAGAAUGUUGGACUAGGCCCUGGGAGAUCAGGGUUCAAAUCCCCACUCAGUCAUGAAGUUCACUAGGUGACCUUGGGCCAGGCACAGCCUCUUAACCUACCUCACAGGGUUGUUGUAGGGAUUAACUGAAGGGGGGGGAUGAACCAUGUACUCCAUGGAGAAAAAAAGUGGGCUAUAAAUGCAUUAAAUAAGCUCUUCUGCUUACCUGCUUAAGAAAGCUAGACUGGCCAGCCAGAUGGAGAUGUCAGUCGCCCAUCUGGCAUCUGUGCCAGUUGCAAAAUGCACCUGGCACCUAGGGAAUUUCUGAUGCUGCUCCAUAGAUAUCUAGUUGGUUUUGAGGGUGGGAGAAAAUGUUGUAUGACCUAACUGAUUAUGGUGCGUGACAAUGGUACAAGCCUGAGUCUUCAUCUUCUUUGGUUCCUUCAUGCAGGGUUCUUCAUUAGAUCCAAGGUGAUGAUAGAAAUGCUGAUCAGUGCAGGUUUACACCCCCUUGACCAGCAGAGUUUAGAACAUACAACAGUGUGGGUUGGCCCGUUUCCGCAUAUAUAAGGUCAGAAACUUUAGUUUUGGCCUGGAAUUUGGUACAGAAGGGAGAUCUGUACAAAGCCACCAUGGGUUCUGAAUGUGAAUGGCAUGCUGCCCAUCUGCAGAAGAUUUUCUCCCCCAUUUCUCUGUCUGAGAAUAUGAGGGAAAGUGCAGGCAGUUCAUAAACAUACAGGAAGUCCUUUGUAUUGCUGUGUGCUGUAAUACCUUGACUGUCAUUUGAAGGUAUCUGCAGGAAUGACAGUUAAUGUUUAGGGAUUUAUGGGUUGUAAUCCUUAAAGAGGUGGAUAGAAAUUUGAAGCAGGAUGUAGUUCACAGUUAGUUAGGCUUGUCAGCUUUUUUUAAAAAAGGCAUGACAUGGGAUCCAGUGGAUCAUAUGUGUGUUCUGAUAGUAUCUAGACUUUCCUGGCUUAUCAGACUCUAGUAGUAGUUACCUGUUACAGUGGUACCUCGGGUUACAGAUGCUUCAGGUUACAGACACUUCAGGUUACAGACUCCACUAACCCAGAAAUAGUACCUUGGGUUAAGAACUUUGCUUCAGGAUGAGAACAGAAAUCGUGCGGAGGCAGCGGGAGGCGCCAUUAGCUAAAGUGGUGCUUCAGGUUAAGAACAGUUUCAGGUUAAGAACGGACCUCCAGAACGAAUUAAGUUCUUAACCCGAGGUUCCACUGUAUUUAUUAUUGUUAUUUGUCUAGUAGUAGUUACCUGUUAGUUAUUAUUAUUGUUGUUAUUUAUUAGUGUAUAUCUUUCCCCUCACCCUCAUGCCUCCUGUUGUGCUCUAUAGUCAAAUACAACCUGGCACAUAGUGCUCUGGAGCAGUGGUUCCCAAACUUUUUGAUAUGGUGAACCACAAGUCCAAAUUUACUUGAUAAUGGUGACCCAUCAAUUUAUUGUCACAUAAACUCUGAACCUUAUGGCAACUGUUGGUUUCGUGCAGUUUAACUUCAGCUUUGCGUAUUCUAUAACCAUUGCUCAAGGCAUCCAAGCAAAAAUUUCCUUAAUGCGCCUAUUCAUGUGGAAUUUGUUGAAAUAUGUAUAGUACUUACAAAGUUACUCACAAUUUUUUUUUUUAAAAAAAUGGGAAUGUAAGAACACUAAUCAUAGGAUUGCAGGGUAUUGCUUCAUAAACUAUUAAAAUUGCUCUAAAAACAUACGGUUACAAAAUCGGUGUUGGAGAUAACAAACAAAUGAAUAUUUUUAAUAGUUUUAUUCAUGAUAAAGUCAAUUUAUAAGUGGGAUGUUAGAAUUGAAUUUUGCCAAUGAGCAAGUCAGUGCAGAGUUUGUUAGUUGUUAGACAUAGCCUCAAAUCUUUAUUGAUACAUCGCUUGCUACUUUUUUUGUCCCCAUAGCAGUCAUUGCUGAAAAACCUGUCUUGCAUGUACUACCAAAUGGCAGCAACACAGAUAUUGCUUCAUCAGGAAGCUCAGGAUACUCAGUGGUAACUGAGUAAUUUUGGUAACACGAAGCCAAAAUUUUCAUAACUUCAGUUCCGAUAAUUUACGUUUGAGGGUCCUGUCACACAACAGUCCAGUGUGUUGUUUUUCUUUUUGCACAGAUAAAGGCAACUUUGAGUGACAUCACUCAGAUUUCUGGUGUUAUUUCUGCAGAAUUAUAGUGGCCAAAUUUUGACAAAGCAAACUUCAAAUCCCCUUUGACUUAACAAGUAACUAACCCUGGAAGCAGAUCCAGCGGUCGUUCACCACAAGGUGCUUGUACAAAGGGUUGUUGUGAGUGACUAUUACAGCUUGCCUCUGAUGCGCAGGCUGCUUAGAACACCUUUGUGGCAAACUGUUGCUGGAUCUGUCACAAUAGAGUAGUUCCCAAGUGUUAAAAUGUAAGACUUUAGCCUUUCCGCUGUUCCGUUAUAAGUGCCAACGCAGCACUAUAAAAUGCCAGCAAAAUGUUGUAAGAGGUGUUCCUUGUACUGGUUAAGAGGGAUAAAAGUAAUAAUUAUUUUGUGAAAACUUACAGAGCCUGUGACUCACUUGUGGGUUAUAACCUACAGGUUGGGAAACACUGCUCUGGAGUGAAGAUUUUUAUUGUAAGUGUUGCUCUAAUUAUGGCUCUAACUUUUGAACACUUGACUAGUGUUUUAAUUUGCCAUUGCUGUGAACAGAUAGGGACCCUUUCAUUCAUCCCCUUGUUAAGGCAUUCCCACCCGGAGACCAGUUCUUUUCCUCAGAUAUUUAUGUGGUGUUUUUCUAGUCUUUUUCCAGUGAGAUCAGUGUUUGUAAAAAGAGAGUUUGAACUUUAUCUCUCCCCCACCCUGACCUAAAUCCCCACCUAUAGUAUUCUCACUGUUAGAUGCAAUUGGCCUGCUCAAGCACUUAUAACCUCUUGUACCAUUUUAAAAAAAAAGAAAAAGACUUGCACUCUCAGUUUCCUAGAAGUUCACAGGAUGUUGGUACAUUUUACAAAUAGUUUUCUCUUAAUUUACCUAGGAAAUCCCCCUUAUGUAGCAAGUACAGUGGUACCUCGGGUUAAGCACUUAAUUCGUUCCAGAGGUCCAUUCUUAACCUGAAACUGUUCUUAACCUGAAGCACCACUUUAGCUAAUGGGACCUCCUGCUGCCGCCAUGCCGCCGAUGCACAAUUUCUGUUCUCAUCCUGAAGCAAAGUUCUUAACCUGAAGCACUAUUUCUGGGUUAGCGGAGUCUGUAACCUGAAGCGUAUGUAACCUGAAGCGUAUGUAACCUGAGGUACCACUGUACUACCAUGAUUUUGGGUAAUUCCAUUUCAUUUCCACACUGAGAAGUGUGGAAGUGCCCAAUAUUGGAGGGAAAAAAGGGUAAAAAAUAGGAAACAAUGUUUCAGUCUAUUCUCAGCCUCCAACUGUGCUGCAGUUCAAGCUGCCAGCCAGCCAGCCAGCCAGCCUUGUAGUGCUGUUAGAAUUUUCAGAAGUAGGGGAGUUUUCAGGAACAGAAUAGGAAAAGAGACAACAUUUUUUUUCUUUCCCACUCUUUAAAAAAUUUCCCCGCCUAUUCUGGAAAGGGCUGAGGUUUGUGGCUGCUGCUUGCCUUCCAGCCCUGAACCUGAGCAUCUGAUUCCACUAUAGUGCAUGCAGCAAGGUUUCUGGAUAAUGGUAAAGGACAAGAAAAAUGUUAUUUCCUCUUUCCACUUCAUAAAUAGCAUUGGUAGGACAACCCCCUUCCUAACCAUAUAUCCAUGCAUUUCCAAUUUUAAAAGUCUUCACUACUUGUGAGAUAUGAUGCUUGUCCUUUAUCCCAUGUGUUCCCCCCUUCUCGCUUUUAAAUUCACCUUGUUUAGACGCCAUCGUUAUUUUCCUUGUCAAAUAUUAUAUUUUUAGUAUGUAUAUAUAUUUGUAAAAAUUGAAGAGAUGACAAGCUACUGUAUGACCCAAUAACUAUUAGAAAAUGCAGUUAAGAAAGAAGAUUUGGGAUUAAGUUAAAGAUAGUGGGUAAAAUGUGUAGAGCUGCCAAACUGUUGUUACACAGAUAUUUGGUUAAUUGACUCACUUACAAAAUAUAACAUUUUGUAAGGGCUUGUUUGAUUGAUUUAUUAGAUUGCUUACCCACCUUUCACCAUAAGGUCCCAGGGCAGGUUAUAACAAUAAAAAGCAAGUGUAACUUGAUGCAUCUUGUUGAGAGAUGAGUCUUGUUUUUAUCAUCCACCUGGAACAAUGUGUUUCAAGGUAACGUUCAGUCUUAUACCCAAUUUUUCAUGAAGAUGAGAAGAAUUUUUUUCUUUAAAAAGAUAAAGCUAUCUGGUACUUGGAACUGCUACACUGCUUGCUUCUUGAUCAAUGGUUUUUAUAAAAAUCCUUCAGAGUUGGGGUGGGCAGGAGGUAGAUCAGGAUAUAUCAAUGGCUUCUUGAAUGAUGGCUGGAUGAUUUGCAGUAGAUGAGCAAGGAUUUCUGACUCCCAAUUUUUUAACUAUAGCAACAACACAAGUUUUUCAUUCCCCACACAUUAGAAUUUGAAAAUCCCUGGUCUAUAGUAACUCAGGUGUAGUUUGUACUUCGUUCAGGUCAUCCAAGUGUGUGGCCUGUUGGGUGGAGUAGGUAAUUUACUCCCCUCAAAGCCAUCAUUUUGAAUGGGCUCUGCCACCCCAGCUACUGUUUUGCACCUGUCUGUCUGUCCUGCUUAUAACCUUAAUGCUUUCAUCACUGCAUGUGAAAAGCUUCUCAAACCCUGUUAUGUGAAUUCAGAGGCAUGGCUUGCCAUGGCAGGAUGAGGCAAGGAUGAAAGAAUUUAGCAGAAGAGCAGGACAAGCAGAAUACCACCUUCUACCAAUCAGUGGAAUUCACAGUGCAGGGAAUCUGAGACUAGGGGCCGGAUUCAGUUUUCACCCUAAGGUCACACAUGUUAGUCACUUACAUUGAAAUAUGUUAGUUGUUUCAUGCUGAAAGGUAGCGGCAUAUUUAUUUUUUUCCCCCAUUGCCUUUCUGAGCCACACAAAUUGCCUUGUGAACAGGGUUGUAUAUAUGCUAAAAUCCAUGUAAAUGUAGAAAAACCACAGAAUGUGGUAGAAGGCAAAAGAUUCCCCUCAAAUCUUGUCAUACGUAUGUAAUCUCAUUUGUGGGGUAAGGGUUACCUCUUUCUUUGGUUGCAAGGGCUAUCAAUUGCUUUCUCUGCUCUUCACUUUCAGUCCUUCCGAAACAGCUUCUCUGACUUAGAGGAGGAAUACUCCAACAUUGAAAGCUAAAACUGCUUCUAGAUCCUGGAAGAAUCAAGAAUGUCCUUGGCUCUUUUAUGGGGAAUUAGUAUUAUUACAAUAAUUUGUUGGAAAGCGAUUAUAUUUAGCUUAAUGAGAUAGCAUUGCUGAUAUCAAUAGGCUUGGAUUGAUAUUAACCUGAAUAUGUUUUAAAAUUGGCAUUUGCCUCUGACAGGGGAAUUAGGGGUGAUGGACUUGAGCCCCACUAGACCAUUUUAGAACUUGGCACCAUUGAAAUUAUGAUUUGGUAAAUCAUCAUAAACCUUUUAAUCCUAUAGUAAAUUACUUCACUGCUGAUAUGGCUCAAGGGGUAUACAUAAUGAUUGCCCAGUGGUAUUCAUACAUCAUUGUACAGUGGUACCUUGGGUUACAGACGCUUCAGGUUACAGACUCCGCUAACCCAGAAAUAGUACCUUGGGUUAAGAACUUUGCUUAAGGAUGAGAACAGAAAUCUGAUGGACUACAUGGAACUGGCGGAAAUGACUGGCAGAAUCCUAGACCAGGGAGAAGAGUUGGUGGAAGAAGAUUGGAAGAAAUUUAAAGUUUACUUACAGAAACAUUGUAAAAUUAAGGAAUAUUAGAAGGAUGUUGGAAUGAAGUAAUGUGGUUUUAGCAGAAAUGCUGUAAAGGAUUUAGAAAGAACAGAUUGUUAAAUGGUGAAAGGAGGGAAAGUAAAGUUACAUUAUAUUAAGAUAAAAUAGAGGACAAAAACUGGAAAAGAUGGAAAGGACUUGCUGAAAUAGCUAAUUGAACUAGAAUACAAAAAAAGGGAGGUGUGAGGAGGUCAAGGAAACAAGCAAAUGAAAGAUAAGUUAUGGGAAGAUUCAUUGUAUUUCUUUUCUUUUUUCUUUUCUUUAUUGUGAUGUGAUGUUCUGUUUUUGCUUAGUAUGCUGUUUUCUAUUUUUUCUUUUUGUAACCUUUCAAAUCUUAAUAAAUAUUUUUUUUUUUUAAAAAAGAGAGAACAGAAAUCGUGCAGUGGGAGCGGGAGGCCCCAUUAGCUAAAGUGGUGCUUCAGGUUAAGAACAGUUUCAGGUUAAGAACGGACCUCCAGAAUGAAUUAAGUUCUUAACCCAAGGUACCACUGUACUGUCAAAUUGACCAGUGUUUUCACUAUAUAUACCCCUAACACAGAGGCAGUAGCACCAGCCCACCAUUCUAAGGUUGUUGUAAAGACUGAUAAAACAUAUGUGAAAUACCGUUAAAGGUUAUGAGUGUGACAAGCGGGUCUAAGCUAGCAGAUGCAUACACGUUUGAGAGCGUAUUGAAACAAGUACUGUUGAACACUUGUGUAAGUCCUUAAAGACCAGAUAGGCUCAUUUUGUGUUGUGAAAGUAGUGGUGUAGAAUACAUUGAGUGCAUACAUGUUUGGAUUGGGGCAACUGCUCCCUGUCAUCCUAAAAUACCUGGUUUUUUAAAAAAGAAACAACUAAUUGUUACGUUCAUUCGCUGAUGGGUGUUUCCUUGCCUCAGCUGGACUGCUCACAAGAGAAAUAACCUGCAAGGGAAACUAAACCUUCCCCUUCAGGUGGUCAUUCAGCCACUACUUGUCUGCUUAUUAAUUAAUCUGUUAGCUGAGCUUGUUAGUUGCCAGCCUUUUAAAUGUAUAUGAAAGUUCUGUACUGAAGUGUUGUUACAGAGCUAUCCCUUUUCUUCCAUCGAGGUGCCCUUACCCCAAAUUAGCUGGGUAAUAGCACAGGUUGCAGAGUUGAUCUCAGAAUCUUUGGGCGAGUGCUAUCCGUGCCUCAAGCAGUAUAUUUUAUUUAACACUAAGGGCAAAAGAAUGAGAGCCAGACAGAUGCAGCUCAUGAGGUAGAAUCUAGCAGGCAAUGCUCUUGUGUAGCUGCUGCUCAUUUCAUGGGACUUGUGCACUCAACAUGGUGGCUUAACCUUUCAAGGCAUAUUUCACUCCUCUCAUGUCAGAAGCACUGUAAUAAGAGUGGUGGGGGUAUUUCCCCCCUUCUUUUUAAUUGUAAAACAAAGCAGUCAUGAAUAUGCAUCAGAACAAAACAAUACUUACAGGCAGUGACCAUUUUGCAUGUCCAGUUGACGCAUGGGUCCUUUUGGACCCAAAAGAGGGUGGAAUGGGGGCAGUGGUUUAAUGGGGUGGGGUGGGCUUAUGUGUUCUGCACUGAUGCACGUGGGGGCCAGGAACGGAACCCCCAUGUAAAAUGGUUGCCGCCUGUAUCCAGAACAUCACUGAGAAAUGCAAUUUAAAUGUCCAAAUAUGGGCAAGUGACUAUGAUGCAUUGUAACUAACCCACACAAACUUCUAUGAGCUUACCUGUGCUCACCUGCAUGUUGCAAUAAUUUGUGGUUCAACUUCUUUAGCACUUCCCUUUCUUGUUGCCUGGAGAGGAAGCUUACUCUCCAUAGGUAAGGAAAAGAGUGACUUUUAUACAAGCCUGUUCUAACUUCUCUUAAGUCUGGCUCAGAAAGUUGUCAUCUUCGUUCCUGACCUAUAUACAGUAGUUCUUACACAUAACCAAGCAAAUGCAGUAAUGUCUGUGGCUUUGGAAACUGAGCUGUUGGUGAUGCAGCUUUUGUUUGGCCAUACUGAGGUUUUUUUCCUUGUAGGAGAAAAAAAAACAUAUAAUGUGAUCAUAUUUCAACAGCCCCAUCUAUCUGUAUCUCUUUCUUUCUCCACAGUAGACACUUUUGCCUCCAGCAUCAUGGCCUCUGAUCUGGAAAGCAGCCUCACUUCCAUUGAUUGGCUCCCACAACUCACUCUGCGAGCCACUAUUGAGAAAUUAGGGGGUGCCUCCCAGUCGGGUCCCCCAGGGGCCGGUCGGAAGUGCUCUCCUGGCUCCCCCACUGACCCCAAUGCCACCUUGAGCAAAGACGAUGCUGCAGUCCAUCAGGAUGGGAAGCCGCGCUACAGCUAUGCCACUCUGAUCACUUACGCUAUCAAUUCAUCCCCGGCCAAGAAGAUGACCCUCAGUGAGAUCUAUCGCUGGAUUUGUGACAACUUUCCCUACUAUAAGAAUGCUGGCAUUGGGUGGAAGGUAAGUAGACUUGGGCAUUCUCAGAAGUUCAUUCAUAGGGGCAGAAGUUCCAGCUUCUGCUCCUAUGAAAAUCCAUUCCCAUUUAACGUUAUAUUGUAUGAUCACGCCAUGAAUGUGCAUGGUGUUUUACAGACUGAAUGUAACACAAAAACAAAUCUCCGCCUCAAGGUACUUACAUUCUAAAUUUUGACCAGAGGGGAGGUGAAACUUUCCCAUAUGAGUGUUUCAGUCUUCAGCUUCUCCAUGCCUCUUCUAUACACUUGAAGUCCAUUCUGUAUCUUUAAAAUAGAUAACAUUGAUUUCAUUUAUUAAUUUCUUCCCAUGAAACAUCCUGAAGCAGUCAACAGUAAAAACAUCAGCAAUAAGUACAUAUAUAAAUAUAGUUUCUAGUUCAAUGCAGAUAAAGAGGGUAAUAAUAAUCUCCACUUAGGAGGCUUGGUGGAAUAUGAGCUACAGAUUCCUAUUUCGAGUCAGAGGCUCUCUUCUGUGCCAGUGGUAGCCAGCCUUCUUGGGGCUUGUGCCACAGGCUAAAUCAGAGCAUGCGAUUGGCCAUAGCAAAUAUGCAGUCCAUGGCAUUUCACCAUGCUAGAGGUAGGUGGAGGUACACGCCAUAACUACCACUAUGUGCUGCAGAUUAGUCACAUGUGUUUCAUGCAGCCUUAAUUCUUCCUGCAGAGUAAAGGAGAAAUUUAGCUUUUCGGGGUUUGGUGAGGCAGUCUGUGCUGUAACUUUUGUCUGAGGAGCUGUGGUGGGGGAACUUUCUGCACUUUACUCAGUUCCUUCCUGGGGGACCUUCUAGAGGCCACUUGCCAGGGAUGUGCAGGGCCAGAGGAAGAAUUGGGCAGAGAAAUGCACAGCAGGCUACUUGCUAGGAACACAAAAUCUAAGGGUUUCUUCAAUCACAUAUGCCUCCCUCUUCUGGGCCUACGGUUCCCCAUCCCUGGAGUAGAACAUUGGUUCUAAGAGAAGACCUUGCCUUUUCUCUGUUCAGGAUUUCCCAUUGUGUAGGUAAGAGAUGCAAAUCUGCAUCCUGGUGGGGAGAUUGGAACUGCUCUUUGGGGUUGGAAGCUUGGCUGCUGCUUCUCCAAAAUACCACAGGUGGGAUGACUUCCAGGGCAGCUGUGGUAGGUGGAAAGAGGCUGCUUAACCCUCACUGUUCUUGCCUGCCACAUCCUUCCCAUCCCACCCAGUACGCCAUCUCCUGCUUCCCCCUCUCGAUGUGGCAAAACAACAACCACCACCAUAGCUGUGCCUGGGAACUCUGGCUGAGGGGAAAGCAGCAGUAUUUGGGCUAGGGAGGUGAUAAGGGCAUGGGUGAGCAGCCUGCCUGUUAGCUAUGUCAUUUUUUCCUCCCUAGAACUCCAUUCGUCACAAUCUGUCUCUGAAUAAAUGCUUUCGAAAAGUGCCUCGCCCUCGGGACGACCCUGGAAAGGUGAGAGGGAUCAAGCUAGACAUUUGACCAUCAUGGUGGGGAGGUGUUUUUUUUAACCAAUGUUGCAUUGACUUCUAAACCCUCACUCCUGCUCUUGGCAGAAAUUGGACUAAUGUGAAUGAACAGAUUAAGUGAGGACAUAAAAUAUGCAGGCAAGUUGAAAAUUCUGCUGCUCCUACUCCAGGCUAGAGCAAAGGUUUGUGUAAAAAUAGGGCAUAGGUAUUUACUGCUCUGCUGAAGAAGCAAGGAAAGAACAUUCAGGUUUUGUUCUUCUGUAUCUCUCAGUAAUAGUAAUAUUAAUAGUAAUAAGUAAUAAACUCUACUGUGGAUGAAAUAGCUCUGACUUCUUCGGUAUGUGCACAUUUGGGAAAGCUAAGAGACAGCAGUGGGCCUUUGUAUCCCAUACUGUAAUAUGCGUGUGCAUGACCCCAGAACUAUCCUGCAGCAGGAGCAAAACAUCACUUUUUUUAGAUUUUACUGCAUUUCUGCCCUGGUCAUUCUUUUUCAUACUUUUACAUCAGAAUUGCUGUUCUUGUCCAACCUGUUCUUCCCAAGAGUUUAUUGGAGACUGAAGGAGUAUUGGGAUUGUGACAUCACAAAAAAGUAUCAAGGAUGAUGUUGCAAUGAUGUUGCAAUGUAAAGAAAGGACCUGUCUUGUGCUGCAAGAGUAAUUGAUAAGCUGUGGCAACCUGCAUGCUCUUUGGUAUUAUGGGUUGCACUGCUGCUGUUGCUAUCGCUGAUAUCAAGGGUUGGUUUUAUACUCCUUUCACCAGUAGAUCUUAUUCUUUGCAGGGUUCUUACUGGACCAUAGAUACCUGUCCUGAUAUUUCCCGGAAGAGGCGUCACCCACCAGAUGACGAUGUGAGUGUGGCUCCCCAUUCCUACCCUCAAAAUCCAAAGCAUUUGUGAGAUGAUUACGAGAUCCACUUUUUCCAAAGGGCAUGAUCCUACAUGGCACAGAAGUAAUGCAUUGGUCAUAAAACUCAGGCUUCUGCGAGCCUUCACUUUCAUGUUUUUUUAAAAGCAAGUUUGUAGCCUUUAUGGGCUUGAAGCAAUGUUUGUCAGUGCAUGAGCAAUGUCUGCUGAGAUUUGGAAAUAGAGAAGAAUUGCAUAAGAUUUGCAGCAGCCAAAGGAGGGAAAGGCUUCAACGCCUUGCCCCCUUUGCCCUUUCUUCCUCAGCCUGCUCCAUUAUUAGCAGAAUCAGAAUUAUUAUUAUUUAAUUAGCAAAAUACAUAAUAAAUUAUACACAUGUGCUUAAUUUAAAUGACUUUAAUUUUGUUCUUUUAAAUUAUUAACCUAAUGAUUAAUAACUGUAUUAGCUAUAUUGCUCCAAAAACAGCAUAGAUUUAUUAAAUCAUUCGGUAGGGCUGCAAUGUUUUGCUUGCAUUCUUGUGCACACAUGCCUUGGAGUAAACCCCACUAAACAGAGUGAGACUGGCUCUAGAGUAAAUAUGCAAUAAUACAUUAAAUUAAAGGGUUAAAUUAAUUAAUUAAAAAACUUUUAAUCACCCAAAAAGAUGCUGCAAUUAAUUGUACAGCAAUUUAUUUUUUAUAAAUAUUAUUUUUAGUACAAGUGCUUAAAAGAAGCAUUCCAUCUUUUUUUGCGUUCAGUGGGUGUGGGGGAUGCCUCUUCUAAGAUGAUGCCUGUUAAAAGGUAAAGGACACUGGACAGUUAAGUCCAUUGAAAGACGACUAUGGGGUGUGGCACUCAUCUCACUUUUCAGGUUGAGGGAGUGGUGUUUGCCUGCAGACAGCUUUCUGGGUCAUCUGGCCAGCACGACUAAACCUCUACUGGUGCAUGGAGGACCGUGACGGGUGCCACAAUGCACAGAAAUGCCUAUUACAACACAUACACGCCUCAUCUAAAAACAAAGAAAGUGCUUUGUGCUGUAGAAACACUUUUUUAACCCAUAUGCAGAUUUAAUUGAUAGAUCAGUUAAUUAAUCAAUUAAAACUUAUAACUAAUCACAUAAAAUUUAUUUAAUUGGAAAGUUCAUGUGUUUAUUUCACAAGAGGUUUCUGAGGUUCGUUCAAUAGUUAUGUCUUGGCUGGUGAUCUUAAAUUGGCUCACUGCAUGUGAGUCCGUUGUUUAACCACUAGACAUGGAGUUUUAAUUUCCCUCCUGCUCUAGCACAUUGCGUGGCAGGUGACGCUCCCCUUGACUGCCAUACUUGCCCCUAUCUAGUCCUAUCAAUUUUCUGUCGACCCUAGAGUGAGUUGUUUCUCUGCAGUUUUACUUCUCUGCCCAUGUGUUUCUUAUGCGCAUAUUUUCCAUCUGUUCAGCUGUCCCAGGAUUCCCCAGAGCAAGAGGCAAGCAAGAGCCCCCGGGGGCCUGUUUCUGUUGGGGCAGAAUCAUCGCUGUCCCCCGAAUCCACCCAGCAGCUAUCCUUGCAAAGCACACCGCCUAUUGGCAAUUACAGUCAGGUGAGUCGAGGGUAAGAAGAGGGAGAAGCAGCGGGAAAAGGCGGCUGCUGAGGGGGAGCUGGGAGGAGGGAGGAAGAAAAUGGGAGAAGGCUAUUGAAAAGUAAAAAAGGACAUGGAUGAUGAAGGGAAGGGGACAUGAGCUGCGGCCCAGUGGCAUGCCUUGGAUGUGGGCCAGAGCUAAUAGCUCUGAAAAUGGGGGAAUUGUACAUAUACAAUCCCUGGUUUCAAAAGGCUAGAAUUCUAUUUAAUACACCUGUUUAUCUUCAGCAGAGCACAGGGCCUGUGGAUGUGGCAGCAACAGUGGCUGGCGGUCAGAGCCGUGAAGGUCCAGAUGUGCCACCUCCACAUUACAGUAACAGCAACGACUUGAAAUUCUCCUAUUCUGAGAUCAACUUCCAGGACCUGAGCUGGUCCUUCCGAAAUCUCUAUAAAUCCAUGCUUGAGAAAUCCUCCUCAUCCCAGCAUGGUGAGUAACAGUGCCAGGUAUGAUUGGGGGGUUGGGAGGGAGGGAGAGGUGUCUGCACCCCAGAUAAUCAUCUUAGAAUCAUAGAAUUGUCGGCUUAAAAAAGGGACCCUUGGGAGUCAUCUAGUCCAACCCCUUCAAUGCAGGAAUCUCAGCUAAAGCAUCCAUGACAGAUGGCCAUCCAACCUCUGCUUAAAAACUUACAAGGAAGGAGAGUCCACCACCUCCCAGGGGAGUCCCUUCCACUUCCAAACAGCUCUUACUGUCAGAAAGUUCUUCCUGAUGUUGAGGCUAGAAUGAGGCCCCUACACUUUAAGAGCCCUUCUCAACUGAAGAAGUUGGCCUGCUCUAGAGAAAUCCUAUAUCCCUUUUUCAAUGAAACCUCCUUUUUUGUAGAAUGCAUACUGAAUUAAAAAUUGCUACAGAACUAUAUGCUCAAUAAUGGUUUGAGUGUUUUUAGCUGACCUCUUGGGUUAGGAACAUGCCUAUGCUGUAGGGAAAGGGUAAAGAUCAAUAGCUAGAAAUAGGUUGCAGAGAAAGAUUACCGUAAUUCCCCGUAUAAUUGCCACAGAUUUUAUGCCUUUUUUUGCCCCAAAGUGGAGUGCAACCAUUAUGUGAAGCAAUAAUCUUAUUAUUACUAAAUUUUAUUAUCACUAAGCUAUCACAGGAAGAUGCAGGUCUUAUCAUAUCAUGUGCCUCACUCAAGGCAGCUAUGCCCGUCUGCACACUUCACUUGCACCUAUGGAAAUGCAGUAUAGUAUACUGACAUGUGCACUGAGAAUGCUAAGCUUGUGGCUUGCAAUGCACAAUGUGCAAGAGAAAAAUGUGUAUCCAUAUCCCACUGGUGAAUACAUUGCUGCUCUGUUUAAGUGGCAGGACAAACAGAAUUAUACCAUGCAAUGAAAGGUAACCUGGUUUUUGGACUGAAAAAGCAGGGUGCGAUGAUCAUUUGGUGAAAUAUGGUACUUGUUUCCCAACUCCAGAGUAGGGUUGGGCGAUCCACAUUGUGGUGUAUCACCAGCCAAACAUUGUGGUUUGGCGAUGCUGAAACUAGCUGCAGUUGCCCCAGCCUGCGAGGCACUGGGUGAAACUGCCACAGCUGUCACCGCGGGAGCUGAGACACUUUCACCCUAGGGCCAGUGGCAGCUGGCCCCAGCCUGCUGCUCAGCUGAGGGGCAGGAAGGCUCCAGCUGAGCGAGCCCCAUGACUCCCCAAGACAGAGUGAGCCCUGUGACGGAGCCUGACAGGACUCCAUUUGCAGGACUCCCUCUGCCUUCGCUCAUGUGGGGGGCGGGGCGGGUGAGCAGCCCCACUGCAGCUUGUUGCUCCCUUGGCGUGCUGGGUGCUGGUAGCAGAGGUCUCUGGAAGCAGCAGUGUCACCCACAAUAUACCACUGAGUGAAGCCAUCAUUGCGGUCUGCCCCUCAUAACAGUCCUGGGCGAUAUAUCAAUAUAUCGCCCAGGCCUACUCCAGAGUACUUUGCAUUCUGUUAAUCAGUUACAGCCACUGGGGGGCAGCAUCUCAUGAAGCUAAUCUUGUCUUUUGUGUUAUUCGCGUAGAAAAGGGGUGAAAAAUUCUGGACCUAAGCUGCUGUUUAGUGAACAUUGCUAGAAAUGUGGUCACUGAAGUGCUAAUGGCUUGUUUUAUAAUAUUUGGGGUACUCGCCUCAUUUCUAGGAAAGGUAUAGAACUGAUGUUUCUGCUACCUUUGUGUAUUUUAAUGCAGGAGUGGUUAACCUCAGUUCAAGGGCGUGAUUUGCCCCUCCCAUGCACACACAGUUUUUUCUGGCUGUCCAAGACCUUGCCAAUGUUGGCAGCCGUAGCAAAAUGGUGAGAUAGGGAUUAAAAAACGUGGGGUGGGCAGAGCCCAGUUCCCAGAUAGAGGUGUUCACUGCCCCCUCUGCCAGUCAUCAGAAGGAGGGCCAUAAUAUGCCUGUGUGUGUCUUGUGUGUGUAUGCAUAAGUGCAUGUACCUGAUAAGAGAGUGGGUGGCCAUAGUGGCCCCUGGAGGGCUGGGCACAGGUGAAUGUGGCCCUCCAGGCUAAAAAGGGCCCGCCACCCAUUUUAAUACUUUCCUCUUAAUCCUCCCUUCAGAUUUCUCUUCCCUCCUGGGAGACAUGCAGCCCUCCAACCACAAUUACUACAUGUACCACCAGCAGCAGGUGCCCUCCUCGGUGGGAGCUGCACCCCCCCUCCACACUCCAACCUCAGAAGGCUGUCCAUCCCAGGGUGGCAAGCAGCAAGGAGGUGACAGCUAUGGCCCCCCACCUGUGAUGUCCAUUCACCCCUCUUCAAUGCAGCAUGGAGGAUAUCACCAGCAUCAGCACCACCACCCGCACUCCCAUUCACAGCAGCAGCAGCAGCAGCAGCAACAACAACAGCAACAGCAGCAAUCACAAGCUUCCAUGAAUAAUGCUAGCUUUGGUGAGUUACAGAGUGGGCAAACUGACAGAAAUAUUCAAUGAAUGAAGGACAGAUGGACUAGGCAAGGCUGAAAGUUUGGAGUUGAGGAGCUUUUGGCACGUUCCUUCUGAGCAAAUCAUGAAGGGCCACAUCACAGUUUACAUUUUUAGCUGUGCACCAAAGAUAGUCAAGUGUGAAUGUGGAAAAACACACUUGUGCAGGCCUGCAUUGUGCAGGAAGUCAGAACUGACUGCAGCUCUCUUGAUUGUACCCUGCACUGGGCCUUGGGUUUACUCCAAGGUCCAACACUAUCACUGUAGGCUCAGGUGGUUUUGACUAGGAGUGCCUAUAUCUAGCUGAGGCUAGUUCACCAGCUCCAGUCCCUUUUGGACAGAGAUGAUACGGUCACAGUACACAGUAACUUAUGGACUGGAUUGUUGCAAUUCACUCUCCAUAGGGCUGCCCUUGAAUACAACUUGAAAACUUCAAUUGAUCCAAAUGCAGCUGGGGUUCCAUUUAGAACUCCAAUAUAAUCCCUGUUUUAAAACAGCUGCAUUGGUUGCCAGAUAGUUUCUGGGUUCAAUUCAGGGUGCUUACGUUAGCGUUUAAAGCCCUUAACAACAUGAGCCCAAAUUUCUGAAACUAUCUUCUUCCCUUCAGAUCCUCUCAGGUGUUAAGAUAAGCAGUGGGGCCUUCUUGCUAGUUCCACUGCCCUCAGAAGUUUGGGGUGGCGGGGUGGCAGCCCAGAAGAAAAAUUCCCUGGAUUUGGAAAACCUAACUCACUACAGCAGUUGCUAAUCUCCUUUUCCUGAGCAAGGUUCUGUAGCUAGUGGUCGCAGACCAUAUCCAGGCACUUUUGGAAGAAACUGAUUUUCCAGAUCCAUUUCAGUUGGGGUUUAGGCACAGAAACGGCUUUGGAAACAUGUCCCUGUUAAUUCUUCUUGACCUCUCAAUGGCUUUCGAUACCAUCAACCAUGGUAUCCUGGAGCAACUGUCCGAACUAGGUGUGGGUGGCACCGCUUUGCGGUGGUUCCAGUCCUACUUGGAUGGUCAUUCCCAGAGGGUGUUGCUUGGGGAAUGUUUUCCAGCCAUGUGGAACCUUCAGUGUGGGGUCCUGCAUGGCUCACUCCUAUCCCCCAUGUUGUUUAACAUCUACAUGAAACCGCUAUGUGUGGUUAUCCACAGGUUUGGAGUACCUUGUCAGCAGUAUGCUGAUGAUACUGGGCUCUAUUUCUCCUUUACAUUUGAAUGUGAGGCAGUGGAAGUGCUAGAGCAGUGUCUUGCCUUGAUAAUGGACAGGAUGGGAGGCAACAAACCGAAACUCAAUCCAGAUAAGACUGAGGCACUGUUAGUGGGUGGUUCCCUAGACUAGAUGGCUUUAAAUUUUGCUUUUAACUGCUGGGUGUUUGUGUUUAUAUCUAUUAUUUUAUUAGCUUCAAUUUUUGUAAGCCAUUAUUGAUGAUAAAAGGAGCUUGGAAAGCUUUGAAUGAAUUAAUGAAUAAAACGGGGAAUGGCUGGGUACAGAGACGAGUUACGUUGUCAUGAGGAGGUAGGUUGUUCAGUUCAGGAUUUUAGAGAUAAAUGUAUUAGGCAUGUAUUUGGUGUCUAAUAUAAGGUAUGGGGGUACACCCUGUUGACUAUUUUGUGUCCCCCAUUUUUCAGCAUUUCCCCCUGAGUGGUGCUCCAACAUAGAUUCCCUAAAAGAAAGUUUCAAGAUGGUGAAUCGGCUGAACUGGUCCAGCAUUGAGCACUCCCAGUUCUCAGGUGGGUCAUGUUAUGUUAUUCCCUUACACCCUUCACUCUGGUAGAGGGGGAAAGGGGCCCUUCAAAGGCUUAGAGUGGGAAGUAGAGAUAUAGAGAAGGAUCUCUUUGGCCAGAGUAGAGAAUAGUGACGCCUAGUUUCUUACCUCUCUCUUUCUCUGGCCCCUGCAGAGUUGAUGGAGAGUCUGCGCCAGGCUGAGCGUAAGAACUGGACUCUAGAUCAGCAUCACAUUGCCAACCUCUGUGACUCCCUCAAUCACUUUCUCACCCAGACCGGUCAGCUCCCUCACCUCGGAGGCCCACAGCAGCUUCCCCGAAUCUCCGAGUCCUGUGCCAUGAAUAGUGGCAAACAAGAGCAGCCCAUGAACCAAGGUACUCAGCAGGGCUUUCUGGGUGGGGACCUGCCAUGCCAGGACAGUAGGUGAGACGGAAUCUAAGAGGUGUAGCCACACCCCCUCACAUGGCACCGUUUCUAGGGAUGGGGAUAAAAGGUUCAACAAAGCAUAUGUUUUUGUCACAUCCGGUCUCCGUCUCUCAGAUUUUCCCUAACCUUGAUCUGUUUUACAGAAGAGUGUAGUUUGAGGUGUUUGAGGUGCCUGUACCAUCGCCAAAAAUUCUGAAUGUUCAGUGCCCAGAGUAUAUCUGAGCAAUGCAAAGAUGGUAGCAAACACAUGCUGCAAUGUUGGCAACUGCCAUUACCAUAAAGGAGUUUUCCCCCACUUACGGUAGGCUCAGAUUUGCACAGGAUGGAUGGCUAAGCAUGUCCAGUUCUUUGCCACUUUACACAGCUAGCAAGUGUGUGUCUGUGCAUACUGAGAAAUACUGUGUUUUACUGAGAGAUGAAAAUGUACCUCAUGAAUGGGUGCAUGUGUGUCUGUUUCAAAAGGGCCAAGACAUAGUUUAUCAGCCUAUCUCAGCUUUUAUCGUUCUGACUAUCAGAAAGACUCAAGGAAAACAAUCAGGGACCUGAUGACCACUUCUUAGCAACACACAGCAGUUUUAAAACAAGUUAUAAGAAAGCACCCAUGGAGCACAUGGAGAUAAGAAAGAAAGCCUUUGCUGAAAAGAAUCAGAAUAAUUCACAGAGCUUAUACAAAUGCAAAGACAUAUUUGCAGUUAUCAAAGGAUGUUCAGGUUGCCCCAUUUUUCACUGCUAGAGUGAGAUUGCAUGGUAUGAAUUUAUUCCACAAUUCAGCCAUUUCCAAAGAGUCUUCUGUUGUCCAUAAAAUAUGAAUACUGGGCUGCACAUGCUCAUUAUGUUGCAUGGAUAGAGAUCUGAUGACACAUUGUGUGAAAACAUCUACAUAUUGUUACCUCUUCGACUUCAAAUUGCACCCCACCACAUUUACUCUAGUGCAGUAAAGUCAUAUGAGUAGCAUAGGUUUGUAAAUAACCACCUACCUGUAAGAAAUGCCUCCAGUUAAUCCACGAUGGAAUUAAUUAUACAAUGAAAGACUUGUAACAGUUUUCAAAAAUUACUGAACUGGUGUAUGAAGGCCUAGUGGGCUAGUAAUUUUUGUGGAUUUCUUUGCAAAGCUGAAUUAGUAUGCUUUUAAAAGAGCAUUAAGAUAAAAAGAGGAAGUCUUUAAGAGUUGAUCUAGCAAAUUUAUGUCAACUUUGUAACUAUAGUGCUCAGACAUGGCUAGUGAGGUACAUGAAUUCACAUACAACGAAACCAAAAACAGAUCUGUGUUUUGUAGAAAAUGCAAAUUUGAUUUUUUUAUGUAUUGAGAAAGUUGCUAAUUGUUUUUCAUAUUUAUAUCUGGCAAAGGAGCCAAACCAGCUGAAUGAUAGAAACCAUCCCUGAUUUUCUGUAUCCCAGAUGAUGCUACAGAUAAACUUACAGGAAGACCUGAGAGCAUGUGUAGAAGUCACAUAUCCCACCUUAAUCGUUUGUGUUUCCAGGUUGCAAGCAGGUAGCUGGGGCUAUUGAUGGUUCUUUUCCCCUUUUCUCUGCUAGUGAACUCUUACGGUCAGCCACAGCCUCCCCAUCUCUACUCUGGGCCAUCUCCAAUGUACCAGAUUUCCACCCAGGACACGCCAGGGUAUAAUCGUCCAGGUAAGGAUGAGUUUUGAGAUACUCUUUGAACAUAAAAAGUUGAAUAAUUUCAUUUCUGGCUUGCUCCAGGUUUAGCUGGCAAAUAUAAAUCAUCUGCUUUCUGCUAUCACCUCUUUCCUCAAACAUAUGCAGAUGAUUUCUAGCAAAUGUUUGAGUUAGGUGCUUAGUUACACAGGCUAAACCACCCACACAUUGCUUGGCCCAAAUGCUUAGUUACUACAGUGGACACUUGUGUUACGUUACCUUCGGGUAACGUAACUUUCGGGUUGUGAAUGCGGCAACCCCGGAAGUGUAUACUUCCGGGUUUCGCCGCGCAUGUGCAGAAGCGCUCUAUCGUGCCGCGUGCAUGUGCAGAAGCGGCGCCUCUAGAUGCAGACUUUUCGGGGUAUGUACGGACCCCCGGAACGAAUUAAGUUCGUAUCUGGAGGGUCCACUGUUCUACAGGUGUAGAAUGGAAAGACUAAAAGUGCAUGGGACUGGGAAAUUCAGAAAACAGAAAGAAGUACAAAAGUUGAGGUGCUAAUAUUUACCUGUCAUGUGGUUGAAGGAACUUGGAAAGGUGAAAAACUGGGUUGUCUACUGCAACUCAAGAGGGGCACUGUCUAUAAUGUGCUAGUAGUCUACAGCUGAGCAGACUUACUUAUUAGUUCUAGUGAAACCCAGUGUCCCUGCAGACAUUGUCUCUCUUUCUUACCUACCGGACAACAAAAUCCACCAGGGCCUUGCAGAGUCUAGUCAAAAUGCUUCUUUCCUUGCAAUUAAUCUCCAGUUUUAUCCUGGGUUCUUUCAAACCUUUCAAUUCAUUUAAACAUAGAAAAAAUUAUCCUUUGGGAAAGGGGCCUCUGCAUGAAGGAGUCCUGAAUAAUUCUGAAGAAAAUGACAAACACAGUUCAGAUACAAGGAGUAUGGAGAAGAUUGAGACAAGGAAAGGGUCUAACUUAAGUUAAUGACAGGGAGAAAAGCCAUCUUCCACACCCACCUAUAGAGCAUCUGAAAGCAGAGCAGCCUUCUGGUGUGAUCCCAAAUGGCUGUACAAACUAUGAAUACAGUAUACAUCCAGUAACAGGGGAAACUUACCAGUAAACUUCACUUCAAUCUGAACCAGGCUUUUCGCAAUGAGUCAUUAUAGUAGAAAGACACAGGUAAUGUGUUUUCCUGGGUCUGCCUAAGUCAUGCCAGCUGUUUUACCACAGGGUUAAAGCAGAGUCCACGACUCAGAUCUCAUUCUAAUGAGGUGAUCUCACCUUUGCUGGAAAAUGGUUCAGCUUGGCCCUCUCAGGAAAUGCAGGAUAUGCUUUUAGGCUCAAUCCAUUCACUCACAAGAGAUAACAGACAAAGUGUUGCUUGCAUUAGAUAUGACAUUGGAUUCCGGAAUUAAUUGAAGCAAUUGCAGCCUCCUGUUUAAGGGCCUGAAUACGUUGACAGUCUCACAUAUGCCACCAGGGCCAAGCCAAAAACACCAUUUGGGGGCAUGUGCAGAGUUUCAACUGAACCGAGCUGCUCUGUAAUGAUCAUAGUAGUUUAUUAUCAAGAAUUCUACAUAAUAGAACACUUGUUUCCUGUUUUCUUCCUUUCUGCAAUGCAUUCAGGUCAUCAUCUGGUUCCACGGCCGCCUCCAGGUGCCAAUGAGGAAAUCCCUGAUGAUUUCAACUGGGAUUUGAUCACCUAGCAAGUUACAGACUUGAUAGCACAUCCCUCAUGUAGGGUAUGGGAAGGGGAGUCUGGGGUUUGGGUCACAAGACCAGCACCUUCAGCCUCUUUCCUUGCCUGUAUAUAGAUAUAUAUUCUCUACUUCCGCCAGAGAAGCUGCCGCAAGAUGCUGCCGAAGAUAAUCCUUCCUUGCGCUCCCUGUUUUACCUUAUUUUCUUCUUCUUUAUUAUUAUUAUUAUUAUCAUCAUCAAUAAUAGUGCACAGCCCUUCUGCUCCAUCUUCCAGCUUCGGAUUUUAUGUGUUUACUGGCACCCUGUGUGGGAUGGAGGGUAGGAAAACUGUUUUUUGGUGUCAUGAGAAGACCUCGGAAGGAGGAAUUCUUGAGGGCACCUUUCUCUUCCUGCAUCACCUGCGUUUUAACAAUCCCGCUUUCCCUUCAAGGUGGCCAGUGACUCUGUUUUAUUGGCUACAAAAGUGAGAGAGCCCCGUGAAUCUUGAAAGUCUGUAAUAAUUAUGUUCUUUCUUAAAUGUUGUAAAGGGGGGGGGAGGGGAGGGGAGGGUUAGACCGGCGUUGAAAGGAGGUCUGUGAACUUUCUCACACCAGCAGGAGCAGCAGGAUUAACAAGUGCACAGAAUAUGAGGCUCUGGGUGUGGAGAACAGCUGGAAUAUUGGAGUUUGACAGAGACAGGCUUGCCUUAGUGGAAGGUGAGGACUUCCCUCUAGCUGAAACAUUGUGGUUACGAGUCUGCUGCUUGGUAGGGACUGAGUGUCUGGUAUAGACGAUGGGGGCCUUUACCUUUUUUCUACACUGCCUUUUUCAAUCACUGCCAUUUUGCACUUUCCCCCUCGGCAGACGAUGAAAGCUUGACAGGUCUGGCUUGUAUCUGCAUCAUGUGGCUUGGGUACCAAGAUCGAACCAGAAUCCUCAGGGCUUGUCUUAUCACAGUUUCGCCCCCCUCCUGCUGCCUUCUCUCAUAAUGCAGUAAGGCUCUUAUUUGAAUAUGCAGAUAAGACAUAAAAAUCAAGAAGUAACUUCUCUACCCUGCAAGGUUUUGUUUUUCAACUCCUGAAUUUGACUUCCUCUCAAUUCUCUAGAAAGUGUUGUGGCUUGUGAUGCAAGAGUAAGAGCUGAGGGUGUCUUGUCUGCCUUAUCUAAAAUAAGCAACUGGUGGUCCCUGUUUCGUGGAUAAACUUAAGGUGAAAGGAGGAAUGUAAUGCUGAGCAGAGCUUGGUGGGUGGAGGGUUUAAAGCUUUCUGGUAGAGGCUAAGUGAUUGUGGAAUAUCUCUGUGAAGAAGAUGCCGAAAGUGUAUAGCUGGAAUAGGAGGGGAAGUUGGAAGGGCCCUUCCAAGUCACGUGGGGUCAGGAAGGGCAGAAGUUCAGUUGUAUGGCAGUCCUUAGGAGACAAGGAAGAAGAAGGGUGCCAGUGUAGGAUUGAAUUUUGAACUGGAUCUGGCUAGGUGACCUCUUUGCUGCUUUGUUUUCAGUUUCUAGUGUGACUCUCUUUUGCCAGACCUCUUGUUAAUCUGCAUACUCUUUCAGCUGCAAGCCUGCUUUGUGUGAAGAGGAAACUUAAGUUGGAAGCGAAAAACAUCAUAGGAAAGUGCUGUGCCCGAGGGUGGGAAUGUUCUGUAGCACUGCUUUUAACUCACUGUUCCAAUGGAUUUUGGAGGGAGGGAAUUUUUGGUUGUUGGGGAAUGGGGCCAUCAUUGUGUGUACUGAGAGGAGUAGAAAAUCCCUGAGCUGAAUUCCUGGAGGAGUUUUAAUGGUUGUCUACACUGUCCCAAGAUGAGAAUGAUGUGACCAGGAACAGGCGAUUCUUGUUGGCGAGUGUCUGUGGAACACGCUGUAGAGAUGACUUCUCCUCCAGAUGCCAGCUGGUGCUUUUUACAAGAAGUUUUCGAAGAAUAAAAUCCACAGAAGGUGGAGGGAAUAAAAGAUCACUCCUAUAGGUAUUUAAAGGCGCCUUGUUUGCAUAUGUAAAUAUAUGCCAGUCAGUGUGCAAAUUAGCCACAUCCUCCCUUUUGCCUCUGAAUUAACUGCAUCAUUCUCAAGUGGGUUAGUAUUGGAAUGGACACAUGAAGUCAUAGACUCAGCACUGGAAUUCUGCACUGUGAGCAGCUGACACAGCCUGUCCUGGAAAAACAAGGGUCAGCAGCACAGAGGGCUGGCCGGCCAGCCUGCCUGCCGUGGAGAGAAAUCCCUCGUCUGCCCACUCGCUUCAGUGCAGCCCACAACGCUUUAUGUCAAGGAGAUGGGAGAGGGGUGUGGCCUCACAGAUUUAUUUUUUUUGCAUGCUUUCUUAAUUAAAAAAGUGAAUGUUUAUGGUUUAAUCCCUUUGGUGCCCCUGUUUUAAUUUGUCUGUGGCAACUCGUAAGGUGCAACUCACAUCAUUGGGCUGGAAUUUGGACAAAGGAAAUACAGCCUUGUUCUUACUGAAACAAAGCCUGUCAUUUUACAUAUGCUUGAUUCCAGUUUAUUCCUUACAUUUGUACCACCUCAUGUUACAACCAGAGCCCAAAGCCAUCCCUUCGUGCAGAGUAGUGUCUAUACAGUGAAUUUUGCAGGAGCACAGAAAGUGCAGAAUUCAAUGUUUAGAGAAACACUGCUUCCUUUUUCUUUUUAAAAAAUGCUUUGUCCGUUACGAUUUUAAAGAUAUUAUUGAAAUUGGGGGCUGAAAUCCUAGAAUCCAGGAAGGUGGUUGAAAAUAGUUUAUUUCACUAGGGAUGUGGCUUGAGUGCCCUUGCAUUGCUCCUUCUUAGUAAAAGCAGAAUAAAGUAUACAGAAUAAUACAAUACAAUACAAAACAAUAAUCUUUAUUGUCAUUGUCCCAUGCAGAACAACGAAAUUGAAAGAAUCUACAUCAGACAUUCAAAAACCAACAAUCCUGCUAUCCCAGCCUGGUUAGCCCCCUAAAAACUCUGAUACCCCAUAAUUAAAUACAGUAUACUCCCAUAGAGACUACUUUACACUGUGUUUAAAACCAAAAUCGCAUUUGGAUAGAAACUUUCUCAGGCGGCUAGUCCUAGUCUUUAUAACCCUGUACCUUCUUCCAAAUUGUGGAAUAAAUUAUGUAAACAGAGAUAAAUUACAAACCUAGACAGAGCUCCAUGAGAGCAGAUGAAGUUUAACUUUCAUCUGUUCCGGCAUCUUGAUUUCCACAGUGGCCAACUAGAUUACUCAGGGAAGCCCAUAGGCAGGGCAUGAAGCUGGCAGCUCUCUCUUGCUCAUCCUCAGAGGCAUGCCGGCUCUGCUCAUGGAGUUUCUAUACAGACAUCAUGACUAGUGGUCAUUGAUAGAAUUAUUCUCCCAUGAAUUUGUCCAGCCCCCUUUGAAAGACAUCUAAGCGGACAGCCAUUAGCAGUAAAUUCCAUAAACUGAUUAUGCACUGGGUAAAGAAGUACUUUACAUUGUCCUCAAUUAUUUCCUUCAGUUUAAUUGGAUGGCCCUGAUUUUUAGUACCGGUAACUCACAACAUACACACGUUUCACUUGUGCACAUUCAGCUUUACACACUUGGCUAUAUAUAUAUAUAUAUAUAUAUGGAGAAAAAAGACUUUGGCAAUUCCACUCACUGUUGAACCCAAUGUGUUUUGACUAUACAGUCGUACCUUGGAAGUCGAAUGGAAUCUGUUCCGGAAGUCCGUUCGAUUUCCAAAAUGUUCAAAAACCAAAGCGCAGCUUCUGAUUGGCUGCAGGAAGCUCCUGCAGCCAAUCAAAAGCCACGGAAGCCCUGUUGGAUGUUUAGCUUCCAAAAAUAGUUUGCAAACUGUUUGGGAGCCAAAAAGUUUGGGAACUAAGCUGCUCAACUUUCAAGACACGGCUGUACAUGAUUUUGGCCUUACCCCCUGGUGAGUUAAGAGUCGUCUGUAUUAUCAUAAAGGAUUACAUACUUUUAUAAAUAUUUAUUAUGGAUCAAUGUUCUAGGACAUAGAAUUAGGACCUUAUUAGUCCAGAAGUUUGGUUUUUUUUAAUAAUGUAAUUAACACUGCCUUGGCUAGGUGCAACAGAUCUUAAUCGCAGUGUGGAAACAGCCCUACCAAGAUAUUUUAAAACUGAGUUGAAUCACUGGUACUUAAGUUUGUUGUUUUUGAUAUUUGUAUCCUACCCUUCUUCUAAGGAGCUCAGGCGACAUAUUUGGGCUAACCCUGUUUUCUUUUCAUAGCAACUGUGUGAGGUUCAGAGAGUGAGGUGCCCAGGGUCAUGGCUGAAUAAUCCAACACUAACAGUAUUCAUUGCACCACAAUAAAUUUCAGUAGAGGGAAUUUUGUUGGGUGAGUUGAUGUAAGAGCCAAUCAGCAGUCAGGAGUUCUAGAAGCCAUCAGUGCAGGAAUCUAAUUUUUUCCUUAAAUCUUCAACUUCACAGCUCAAAGACCUUCAGGUCCAGUGCUGCAGGAAACUUUUAGAUUAGUCAGUGAUGGGUGCUUCCUUGUUUCAAAGGAGUGAUGGAGUGUGAUCCAAAAUAAAAGUCAUGAGUGGAGACUUCUUUUUUUGGCACAUUAUUUUUGCUGAGCUAUGCUAUUUAUUGAGCAACUUGGACUUUCAAAAGGGAACUGGUCUUUUGAGCAUAGUUGAGAAAGGCUGGGUGCAGUGAUUGGGUGGAGCAUGAUGCACAUAUGGAAGUCAGCUGACUUCCUUGCUGAUUCGAGUUUAGAAACAGACAAUUUGAGCCCAAAGGGCUUUUCAUCAGACCUGCAGCAUUCAAAGGGAAUCAUGUUUUGCACUUAGCUACUUUCUCCAGGACACGAGCAAAGGCUUCUUUAGCCCCCUUUUCUUCAACAUGCAUACCAACAGGCUUUCUUCAAACCUUUUCUUUUAGGUAUAUCUGCUGCAUACAGGUGGGCCUGGUGUACACACACAACAAAUGAGGUGGUAAUGAUUAGAUUGCAUCAUUUUAGAACGGCCAGGUGAGGGAGCGCCAUUUUUGUAUGUUUCCCUAUGUUACUUUUCCUUGCAAGGAGAAAACUGCUGGAGAGUGGGUUGAGCUAGAACCUUUUUUUCAUGUUUCUUUUUACUUGAGCAGAGAAUGUAUUUUUCAAAUGCAGGGAAGCAUCCAGAAAUGCAUGUCCUACAGUGGCAUAGACCAUUUUCUUGACUCGUUUGUCAAGAAAUGUAGAUCAGGCACAGAGUUCUCUAACCAUCUCAAGGGGGGACACUUAACACAGGCUCUGUCAGACUUAUUCCCAUUAUGUGAGGCCUAAGCCUCUGCCUCCAGACUGCCUCUUCUUGGUGCUGCCCCCUGUAGACAACAUCACAUACUUGAAGGGCCAACCACCUGGCCUGUAGAUAGGCACUCCUCUGUCCCAUAGCCUGGUGUCCCCCCUGUGUCACUAGACCGAUGAGGUCUUGUGGGAAACAUUUGGUUCCCGGUGUUCUGCGAGGGCCUGUCCCUAUAGACCUCAGUGGUUCAGGAGGUUCUUAUGGGGCUCCUGUGUGACAGCCUCAGGCACAGUGGUUUCUCAAGAUUGAGCAGCCAGCUGAGUUCCUAGUUGGCUCCUUAGGUGGUGCAUCUACAGCCCCAACUGGAUCUGUCCUGCUGCUGGAUUCAAAGGUUACAACAAACUUUGACCAGGCAGACCUGCUCUGAAUGCCUACUCAGCCACAAAGGUCACUGGGUGACUGGGCCAGUUGCGAUCUUGCAAGCUAACCUACCUCUCAGGGUUGUUGUUAAAGGGAUGCCCAUGACUUUGACCUCCUUGGAGGACGGGUGGGGAAGAAAUAGUAGCUUCUUGCCUAUGCCCUGCCUGAUGCAGAGGUGUCACUCAAUUCAAGGCCAUCUUUAAUAGCUUGGUCACCAAGCUGCUAGGUGCAGUUUUGUAUACACAUAAUGUGUGUAUAGUUUUAUGUUCUUGAUUGGCGUGCAGUUUCCCUUAAUUUGUCAAGGAAAGGAGAAAGUUUCUCGCCAACAAGGAAUCAUGAGGUUGCUCUGUUGGCUGCUGUCAAAUGCUUUCAAGAGAAGAUGGAAAGGAGACCACUUCCUCCUACCUCUACCUGUGGAUGGAAAAGAAAAACAACCUCCCAUCCCAUAGAGAGAGAGAAGACUAAGAGCAACGCAGGGUCCUAGUCUUUAUUGGGUUUUCUGAUCUGGCUUUUGGUGUAAACUGCCUGUAAGGGUUCUGCUAUUGAGAUGCCUAGAGACUGAUAGAGCCAGGCUGCUUCCUGGCUGCUCAGGCUCUCUGUCACCCUAGUUGGUUUCUCUCACACUCCCCACCCCCCACCCCCCGGUAUGAGGCAGAAGGACUAAGCGGUUCCAAAUUAAAGCCACCUAGUGUUGCUAGGAAGGGAGAGUAACCAUAGGAUAAAUGUGAUGAGGGAAAAAUCAAGCCUGUUUUAAUUCAGAGGGUUAAAAGCAACUUAUUUAUUAGUACAUGUGUGCAACCUACCCCAAUCCAAAUACGUAACAGCAAAAAACUGGGACAAAAGCAAUGCAUCUGCAGCUGAACAGAAUAAAUUGUACCCCACUUCUCUUAACUCACUCUCCCAGUGCUAGUACUAAAAUGUAGGCCUUACAGUGCUUCUGGAAAGGUGCCCAGGUUGGGUGAAUUUGCAGAGGGAGAGAAUUCAUUAACUAGGCAGCCCCUAAGGUAUGCUCUGGAAAUAAGCAUAUUUUGAAUGGAGUCUCCAGUAGCCCUGAAAAUGGACAGGAUACUCAUAGCUGAUACUCAAGUCUGCAGGUACUAUUUGGCUUGGUUCUGUAGGUUCUAGCCAUGCCUGUUGACCACCACCACCACUCCUUUGACCGUACCUUUUCCUUUCUGUUGAGCAGCCAUUCCCACCUAAAGUUAAGGGAAGGGGCUUUCCUCCUAGAUCUGCUUGCAGAACGUAGGCUCAGCCCUUGUCUACCUCUUCCCUGCUUUGCUUUUAGAAAUUAAGCACUGCCUCCAGUUUUCUUUGACAGUGUUUGGUGAACGCAGACCACUUACAAAAGAAAGCUGCUGACACUUCUUGCAAGAUUUCUGUGUCACCGCUAAAGCUUAUUCUGGCUUGUCAUACAUGGCUAUGCUACUUUCAUCAACAGGGAAAACAGUAUAUAACAAGUGAAGUAAUACUGUAGGGCACAUCUGCAGUGUUAGGAAAUUUUUGACAAAUUUGGAUACCACCACCACCACACAUGUUGCAAAGAUAGGCAGUUGUCCCCAUCUCCCUUCUGUGGUGUAACCCAGAACUUCACUUGACUCCCUCACACCGCAGCACAAAGGGGAUUCACAAGGUGUGGCUGCUCUCUGUAUAUGCAAGAGCUCCAGAUACUAAUUCAAAGUGGCCACAUCUGUGCCAAUCAAGAACCCACAGUAGCAAGGACAGUUUAUUUGCCUGGAAGCUCCAUUUUAGAGGGCGGAAACAUCAAUAUGGUCAACUGUAGACUUGCUUCUGUCCUGGGAGAAGGCAGUGGAGCAUGUUCUUUCCUCACUGAACGCCCCUUCCAAAAUCCCUUGCACUGUCUGGCGUGCUUUUUCCCUGAAUUUUUUCCCCACAAACACAUAAAGAAGUGGGUUGAUGCAGCUGUUGGCAUAGGCCAAUGCUGUGGAAACAUGGUUCCACAAAGCUAUUGUUUCAUAAAGUGCUGUGCUGGGGUUAGCCAGGAGAUACAGUACCCCAAUGACAUGAUAAGGAGCCCAACAGAGAAAGAAAGUGACUAUCACAAGCAGGAUCACCCGCAAAGCCUUCACACGGGACUUUGCAAAUUGGUUUCUGAGCAUCUUGAGGGCAAUAAGGAAGUAACAGGCAGUCAUGAUUCCGAAGGGGAGGAGGAAACCAAAGAUGCUUCGGGUGACAGUAAUGGACACAAGAACGCUUGGCAGCUCAUCAUAAAAAGGCAUUGCCAUCGAGUCAUUGCUAAUCAGGAGGUUGCCAGAGUAAUUGCCAAAAAGAAAAUAGUCGGAAAGAUCGGAAUAAAUAACAUUGGAUAUGGCAGUAGCUGGGUGGGAAGAUUCGUGUGACACGUAUUUUGGGCUGGUGACUUCCACCGUCAAUGAAUCUGUAUCUCUAUUAGUGCCAAGAGUGCUUGGUGUGCUGGAAUACCAAGCCUUGCUUUUGUCUGUAUUAAGAAUAUGGUACUCAGAAUACACAUCCAAAAUUCCGUCUGUGAAAAUAUCUUCAUAGUUACUAGCCACAAAGGCAGGGCGUUGACUAGAAAACUCUUCAUUGCUGGGAAACAAAUAAUCUGGCCAUCCUUCCUCAUAUUCCUCACCGUGCCAAUUGUAGACACACCUGGCAUUGCCCGAUUCAUCAAUGGAGAUUUCGCGAUAGAAGAAAGCAGGAAAACACAUAAUGAAAGCUAGGAACCAGGUAACGCCACAGACCACGGAUGCGAACCUUACUGUCCGGUGAUUCUGACACCAGACAGGCUUCAUCACCACAAGACACCUGUCGAUGCUGAUGGUGGUGAGGAGGAAGACACUGGCAAACAUGUUGAAGAUGAUGGCAGACGGGAUAAUCUUGCAGAAAAACCACCCGAAAGGCCACUGCUGAUGCAGCGCCAGGUGGACAAUGGAGAAAGGCAGGGACAGGCAGCACACAAAGUCAGCCACGGCAAGGUGCAGAAACCAAACCGUGUUCACCGUUCGCUUCAUUUUCAGAGCAAUGACCCAGAUUACCAAGCCAUUUCCAGGGAGGCCCAGGAGAAAGGUGAUGGAGAAGAUGACCAGAGAUCCAAUAGACGCGGAAUCCAUAUGUUGUACCGUGAAGGAGUCCUCAGAUUCGUAGAAACUCUCAUUAGCCAUGAAUGGAGGCAUGUUCUUUAAAAAAGAAAAGAAAGGAGGAAAAGCCUGAAAAAUGCAAACAAACCGAAUUUCUUAGAUGCUGUUCUAAAUGAGGAGAGUUGCAGCCUCAGAGAUCAGGCCACAGUCAGUGGGAAAUUAUCCCGCACAAGCUGCUGCUGAAAUGCAUGGGAGCUUUGCAGGGGCAUCCUUGGGCUCUUGCGUCGCUCCCAUUAAUUUUAUUCACACUUGUGCAGAAGAACUUCCUAGUGACUUACGCCUCCUGUUUGUUUAUUAG